AUGGAGACUGUAGAAAGUGCCACUUAUGUCGAACAACCUGCUGUUGUGCAAAAUCGUGAUGGUGAUGAAGAUAAUGUUAGAGUAGAGAGGAAGCGCAAACAUAUCGACGUUGAUGGUUCUGAUAAUGACAGUGAUGUCGAUAUCAAUAAAAUUAACCAAAUGCCAGGUAGCAAUAAUGUAACUGCUGGCAGUGGUAAUUUAUCAAAUGAUGCGGAACUAGAUUCGGCUACGAGAACACGUAAGGAAUUAGAAGACAAACUAGAUAAACUUUUGAAGAAACCAAAAGUAAGAAGAUCUAGACAAGAUGAAGAUGAUUUAGAACAGUAUUUAGAUGAAAAAAUCUUAAGGUUAAAAGAUGAAAUGAAUAUUGCUGCACAGAUGGAUAUUGAAACAUUGAAUAAAAGAAUUGAAACCAAUGAUAAGAGUUUAAUUGCUGUACAAAAAGUUAAACUAUUACCAAAAGUUGUUAGCAUUCUAUCAAAAGCUAAUUUGGCUGAUACUAUUUUGGAUAAUAAUUUAUUACAAAGUGUGAGAAUAUGGCUGGAACCACUACCUGAUGGAUCUCUACCAUCCUUUGAAAUUCAAAAGUCUUUAUUUGCUGCAUUGAAUAAAUUACCAAUUAAGACUGAACAUUUGAAGGAAAGUGGUCUUGGUAGAGUUGUAAUCUUUUAUACAAAAUCAAAACGUGUUGAAGCACCAUUACCUAGAAUAGCAGAAAAACUAAUAGCAGAAUGGACGAGACCAAUCAUUGGUGCAUCUGAUAACUAUAGAGAUAAGAGAAUUUUAAAAUUAGAGUUUGAUGCAGAAAAGUUAAGAAAGAAAUCAGCUUUAGACAAUGCUAAAAAUAGAAAGAAGCAGAAGAAUGGUAGUGAAGAACCACGCUCUAGAAGUGAAGGUUCCUCAGCCCAAUCAUUAUAUGAAGAUGCUGCUGCUAGGAGAGGUAGAGCUGCUGCCCCAGCUCAAACCACGACAGAUUAUAAAUAUGCUCCUGUAAGUAAUGCUGGUGCGUUAUCUAGUAAUUUAAGAUCAAAUGGUGUCGGUUCUUCAUUAAAUAAUAGCGAAACAUACAAAAGAUUGAUUUCCAGAUUAAAUAAAUCUAAGAAAUCAAAAUAA